AUGCAGGCAAAUCUGGAAGAUAUUGUUUCGGCUCUGCAUAGCCGGUGUAACAGAACCAGUGAUAGCCUCAUUCCUUCUAAUGUCUAUGGUAUUGCAUUGGAUUUAACGAAAGCACUUUCUGUUGCGGAGCAGCAUUCUCAAUUUAUGCGACUUCUUUCCUUCCUUGAGCGUAAUAAAGAGGAAUGUACGGUUUACCAUGUUGUUUCUUUGUGUUCGCUUGUGUGUGGUGGUAAUGUUGUUAAAGCGGAUGGGGAGGAUGUGAGGCGAUGGGAAUCUGCCAUGCAUUACAUACUGACAGCACAUACCCCGUUUUUAAAGACGAUGGUUUCCUCCGUUUGUUUUUGUGUUGCGGAAGUCGCCAUGAAAGGUCUUUCGGUGGUUUUAGUGAAAAUGGCCGGUGCUUCUCUGCAGGGCGGUGAUGCGAGGACGGAGUUCCCUGUUGAAACGGCGAUGGAGUUGUUGGGUUACUGUGCAGAUGCACUUGUGAGUGUUCGUGAUAAUCAGAAGGAUCAAGAACAGAUAGAGGGUUAUAAAAAAGAAGAAGCGGAGGAGGAGGAGGAAAUGAAAAAUAAUAUUCAAAAUGAGAUGAUGUUAAAAGAUAUGUUGAUUUCUUUUGCGAUUGAUGUUCUAUUUCGUGUACAUGGGGAUGAAUUAUUAACAUCUUUCCUCUCUCGUCGUGUUUUAAUACCUUUGAUGCUUUCUGGAGGACAAGAUUCACUAACCGGGUAUCACUCUCGCAUACAAGCUCUUCUACAAACAUUUUCUGCUGAUAAAGCAAAACAGGCUGAAGUAAUUGUUCUUAUUGCAGCACUUUUUGAAUAUGUGUUUCGUUACACUGAUGGUGACAGACAGAGAGACUACCGUUGUUCUUCAUAUCUCUGGGAAUCACUAAAAACUGGAUUUUGGGAAGCAAUUACGUGUGAAAAGAAUGCUGGACACCGUGCAAAUAUGCAAUUACGAGCAGAAUAUCUCGUAAAACGAAUCGUUGAUUUAACUCAUGAACAAGAACGUAAGGAAGGAUGGGAAAAAGUAGUUUGUUUUAAUCCAUACUUUGUGUGGGUCCCUAAUGUGAGUCAUAUACAAUGGGGAUUGUUCUUUCUUGUCCUUGAUGCCACGAAUGAGUAUGGUCUACACAUUGUUCAACCAGCACUUCCUAAAUUAGAUGCUCUCGUUCAACAAUUGUCUUGUGAUUUGGAAGUAUGGAAAGAGCUUGAGAAGGAGGAAAAUAAUGAUAAAAUAGAAAAUAUUUCUUUUUCUGGAGGACUUCACCCUGCCUGGAUAGAAUUUCUAUUUUUAAAAUUGCUUCUACAUCCAAAUAUGGCUCUUCGCAAGAUGGGAUUACAACGAAUAUGGUCAUUAGACCCAUCGGUACUUCAGUUAUUUUCCAGUGAUUUCUUGUUUACAAUUAUGUUAGAAACUGCUAUUGAUACACGACUGUGUACUGAACUUGACCACACACCACUUGUUUCAUCUUUUCUCGACACUAAAAGUUUCGAAGGACCUGAAGUGCGGGCUCUGACAGGAACAGCAGGUCCACUUGCGGAUCAACUGGAGAAAUUCUAUGCACGUGUGUUUUGUGAUGUUUUGCAUUCUGCCAAAUCACGCAAAGAAGCCAUUCAGCGAAUGUUACAUUGUGUUUCUGGAAGGCCGAGUAGACACGGCGCUGCGAUGCUUCUUCGUAUUCUACACGGAAUUGCAGAGGGAUUAGCAUUAGAAAAAGAUCCAGAAGGUAGAAAUGCGACAUGGGAGAUGAUAACAAAUACAGAGGUAUUACAAGAGUUGUUUCUCGUUUUACGAGAUGCAGCACAUGAUAAUAUGUCUUUUUGGCUUGAUGUGAGAUUAAGUGCAAUUACAUUUAAUACAUUUCUCUAUUUUGCAAGUAUUCAUCCUACAGAAGUACGUAAAUGUUCUGAAUUUUGGAAAUUACUUUGUAUGUGUGGACCUCUUGGAUACUCUGUUGGGAAUAAUGCCAUUACACUAGACUCCUUGGGACAUGUUGGGAGUAUUGGGACCUGUAUUGAUCCAUUUUUCCUUAAUGAACAGUUAGUCCGAUUUUCACGAAUAAAUAAAACUGAAAAGAAUGAAUAUAGUUUUCUACGAUCACUAUUACAUUCAAAUUGUUUACUUGCAGAUGUACAAGUUUUUCUUCGCUCUACAGAUGUGGAUGAGGUACAGGGUAAACAACUCCUCUUUCUUUGUGGAGCCCUGGAUAUGGGAGAGGCGGAAGAUAAAGAAGUCCUUACUCGUAUAGCUCGGGAGAUUGCAACCACACUUCUUUCUUUUUCUAAACGGCCGUACAUUUCACAGGAUUCACUUCUUGCAGCACUUGUAGCCUUUGUGGAAUUUCAUCACUCGGUUGGAACUGUGGCAUGUAAACAUUAUUACUCUCUAGAUACCGUAAUUGACUUGAGUGAGGCUAUAUACACAUUAGCCCUUAGUUCUCUUCGACAAGCCACACAGGCAAUUAUCAAUAUUCAAACUUCCGAUGCCUUAGUGGAGGAUUUAUGGAUACUGCAACAUACAGCCAAAUGGGAUGCUUUAGUGGCGGCUGUUGUUUCUGCAGAACAAAUAGCAAUUUCACAUGAUCCGUAUGGAGCUUCACAGAAACUUCAAUCACAACAACGUGUGGAUGAAUUGGUACACCUUUUAAUAUCUACGGCUAAUAUAUGUGUUAAUUCUAGUUCUUUAGAUGCUACUAAUAUGGUGGCCCAACAUUUUGCUGCAAUGGUAGUUGCACGUAACGCAUCUCGAUUAUUACAAGGUGUGAUUUGUGGUUUAAUUGAAUUAAACACGAGUAUAACCAAUCUACAGGAUGUAGAUAAUAAUAAUAAUAAUAGUAAAGUUAACUGUCGUUGUUACUUUGAUGCUACAUUUCCUCCUCGUUGGAUUAAUCAACUCACACAUUCUCCUGCGUUACGACUAACUUCAAAUGAUAUUCCAUGUACAUUAACAAAUUUAUCAUGGUCUACUGUUUUAGCACAAUAUCAGGGUAGUAUUUAUAAUGUUAUAUUUGUUCUUUGCCAUACAGUGGACCCAUCGUUGUCUCCUGAGUUAUUAUUCACACUACAGGAAUAUGGCCUUGAUCAAAUUGACCGCUGUUGGGGAACCACUUUAACAAGUGUUUACGACAUUCUCGCUUGGGUAGCUGCCAAUACUAAUAUUAAUAGUAAUGCAGUAAAGAGUAAUUUAGAUUAUGUUAGUAUUAUUAAUGCCAUGUUUCAACACUUGGAUGAUGUUGGGGCUAGAGAGAAUGCGCGGGUGUCGGUGUUGGCCUUUAAUGCUCUCCUCCAUGGCACAGAGGAACAUGAGGCAUUAGUGAAAUCAUACAUUUCGAAAACAUUAAUGAAUGAAACCGAUUCAGACCGAUCUGCUUAUGUAGCGGCUAUAACUGUAUCUGCAGAAGUAAUGCGGGAUCCAAUUAAGAAUUGGAUACACUUUAAAGAGUUAUUAUUACAUGUUGCCGUUUUGUAUAAUAGUGGACGUGAUGAAGAGGCCUCUGAGACUUUAGUGGCCAUCACAGAACCAUUGAUGUUAUUAUGGCCAGAAACAUUACGGAUUCAAUACCCACCAACUGUGCGAAUUGCAUCUGUAGGACGUGCCUUUGCUAUUUCUGUUAUUCUCUGGUGUUGUUCGUUAAGACGUGAAUGGGCAGUGACACUUUCACUGGAAUUACUGGACUGGAAUCUUCAUCAUACCGCAUUGAUUGGGGAUUCUUGUAAACCAAACUCUAAACCUCAUCGUUGUCGUAUUCGUCUAUGGCAGUUAUUGUGUGCUUUAUUACCCAUGAUUGAGGAUGUGAAUGAUGUACGUAAAAUUCUUGAAAAGGUUGUAUAUAAGUGUUUACCAAUUACAAACUUAGGAAGUGUGAGACGUUUAAUGGAGUUAUAUACAUUAAAAAUAAUGGAACGUCAACCUACACUUUAUACCAUUAUGGAUUCUGCAAUGAUGAACUAUGCAUUACGUCCACAAGUGUGUGGAAGUUAUCUCUUGAUUAUGGCUCAUAUGAUACUUCAACAAUUACGUGGAGAAGUGGAACAUGUAGACGGUCUUUUUGAUACACUACUUCACCGUCUUUUUCAACAGAGUACAUCUCAUCAACAUCUUCUUCGCAUUAUAUGUCAUAUUGGGCUUUAUCAUAUUUAUAAUGUUUGUAAAGAAAAAGGUGUAACGUUUUCUCCAAGUGAAGAAAUGGUUUUUGAUUAUAUUAACCGUGCACCAGAACAUGCAAAAUUUCGAGCUAAACAUAGUGAACAACUAUUCUUUAGUUUAUCAGAGGCAUCUACUCCACGUCAAUUAUUUUGUAUACAACGAAAGGAAAGUAAUAAUAUUCUCAUGGAAUCUAUUCCAGCUGUAGCGUUUGAACGCAUGCGUUUUAUUGACCGUGAACUUUCUUGUCUUAUUGGGGCAAAGAAUCCUCUUGAGAUGCUUCGCGUUCAAUUUCUCACAGAUCGUAUGAAUUGCCAUUAUAUACUUGAUCCAUUUAAGGAUUUUCCCUAUAUUCCCCAUACAGAGAGUAAUGCUACUUAUUGUAUUGAUUACACUGCUGAGGCAAUGGCCUUACUUCUCUCAGAUGGUAUCAACGCAGAAAAUACUAAUAAUAAUAAUAAUAAUAAUAAUAAUAAUAAUAAUAAUAAUAAUAAUACUAGUGCUGGAGCUGCUGGUAGUGGUGAUGAUAACAUUCAGCGUAAAGUAACACCGUGGUGGAACAGUCAAAUAUAUAAUGAACUACACCCACGUUCCUUACAGACAGAGCGACAACCUGUUAUUGUAAUUGGUUCUUUACUACAAAACCCUGUUAACAUUGCUGGACUCUUUCGCUGUGGUGAAAUCUUUACAGUAGAAAAGAUUGUUGUCCCUGAUGCUUCUGUGUUUGAACAUCCUCAUUUCGUUGCGGCUGCCCGCAGUGCGGAGUUGUGGCUUCCAUGGGAAGCGGUGCCUCCACGAAGUCUCUUAACAUAUUUGGGUUCUCUUCGACAGGAUGGCUAUACACUUAUUGGGAUUGAACAAACAGCUGGUAGUGUUUCCAUGGCAUCUUAUCAAUUUCCAAAGCGGGCGGUUAUUAUUUUGGGAGCAGAGGGACACGGUGUGCCUGCGCAAAUACUUCCAUUGUUGGAUGUUUGUGUGGAAAUCCCACAGUUUGGUCUUAUUCGAUCGCUUAAUGUGCACGUCACAGGUUCUAUUGUGAUGUACGAGUAUACUCGUCAACAUUUAAUGAACAAAACUGAUUAA